AUGUAUUGUGGUUCUUUAAAAGAUUAAAUAGGAAAAGGUACUAAAGCUUAACCUACUAACUAUAAUAGAUUAUUUGAAAUUGAUUUCGAUGAAUUAAUAGUAUCUGAUGAAUAUCAUUCUUAGUAAUAGGCUUAUGUGUGGUAUAAUGAAUUAUAAUUAAAGGAACUUUAUGUAAAAGUAAUAAUAAAUGACAGUUAGUGCUUAGAAAUUUAAUAGACUUAAUUUAAAACAAAAUUACAAAAUUAUAUAAAAUCUCUUGAGAUAAUAUCCUUAGAAAUAACUACAAAUUAGAUUUCUUAGAUUCCAACUUCAUAAUUAAUUCAAGUUUCAACAACAAAAUUUAGUGGAUUUAAUCAGGUUACAAUUUCUAACUUGUAAAUUUCUCUGAAUAUAAAUUCAAAAAAUUAAAACUAUGGAUUUAAUAUACAAAAUUAAAAUCUCAUAUCUGCUAAUUUUACAAACGUAUAUUUUUUAAGACCGUCUGCAGACUAUUUAAUAAAUAGUAAAAACAUUCUUCAAAUAAACAUUUUCAAUUUAAACAAUACAUUGGUUCUAAAUAAUGUUUUAUUUUAUGGGUAAUACAUCUACAAUUCAUAGAUGUUUCAGGUGGUUUAUCUGGCUAAUACCAAUCUAAAUUUUUAUUUUGAAAAAUUAGUUCUCAAUUAGGUAUACUUUUAUGGAUCAACUUUUAUAUCAAAGAUUAGUUCUCAAAAUAUCAACACGUAGAUAAGUUAUUUAAAUAUAACUAACUGUAGUUAUGACUAUUAUUCAUCCUUUUUUGAUUAUACUCUUAUGCAAGCUAAUUUAUAAUCCAUAUUUAAUGCCAAUUAAGUGAUGCUUUAGUAAAGUCUUAUAACUAAUUCAUCAUUUUUAUUUGCAGGAUACAAUUUUUCAACGUUUUUUAUUUCUUCAAUUUAGAUUCUUGAUAAUUAAAUUCUAGAUUAAAGCUAAUUUUAUCAUUAUGGAGUUAUAAUAUCAAAUACUUUUGAAAUAAGUAACUUGAUGGUUUAAGGUAAUACUAUGCAGCAUUAUACUGUAUUUUAAUAACCUUAAUUAAACUAAAAAGAAGUUAAUGUGAAAAGCAUAUUUGAUAAAAUAGAUUUUAUAUAAAACACCUAUAUAUUUGAUUCUAAUUCAAUUUAGAGCACGUGUGCUAUGGUUAUAUUAAUGCUGUAUAAUUCUAAAAAUGUUGUCACAAUUAAAAAUAUUUAAAUAGAAAAUAAUAAUUAUAUAGGAGAUUAAAAUUUUUAUUUCCCUCAUUUCUAAUUUUAUAAAUUAAAUGUCAUAAAUUUUUAGUCAGUAAAAAUGCUAUAAAAUCUAAACGCUCCUUUAAUAAGAGUAAAAGAAAUAAACUAUGCUCAAUUUUAUGACAUUUAGAUAAUCUAACAAUAACCUAGUGAAUAUUGCUAUAACACAUUAAUAGAAAUCAUAUUCAUAUUUUUUUAUCUAGACUUCAACACAAUUUAAAUAGCUAAUUAUCAUUCUAUGGUUAACAUCAUCUAUAUUUAAUUUAACUAUAUAGAUACUUAACUAAUUUAGCAACCUGAAAAUCAACAAUAUCUAUUUUAUGGCGGAAAGUUCAUUGAUUUCUACUUAGUUAACUCUCAGCUAAUUUAUGAGAAAUAAAUUUAAAAUAAUUUCCCCAUAAUAAUUAAAUCUUAAAGCCUUAAUUCGAUUUCCUUUACCAACUUAAAUAUAAUAAACAAUCACAUAAAGACUGUAAAUAUUUUACUUUAUAAUUUAAUGAUUAUAAUUUUUAUUUAAAAAUAUAGAAUAAUAAAAUUGGAGGAAGUGGAAUAUUUAUUGAUGCAAUAAAUUCUAUAGUCACAAUAAAUUAAAGCAAUUUUACUAAUAAUUUGGGGACAUAAAGAGGUUAUGGCCCAUUAUUAAUAAUUUCUGAUUUUUUAUUAAUCUCAGAAUGUAUUUUUUAAAAUCCAGCUUACCAAAAUAUAGACAUUCAAAUUUAUUAUCAAAAAAGCAUAGAUAUUUAAGGAGGGUUUGCAAACAUUUAAGCAAACAUUUUAAAAAUAGUUAGUAGUCAAUUUUUGA